UUUUACCAGGAGGUCUACCAGCAGAGGGUGUUGACAUAGAGAAUUCCACAACAUCUCCUCCCAUAUAGACAAUGGAACUGUAAUGUGAUCAGGGAGCAAGGAGGGGAGGUGGCAACCGAAGCAGCGAUCAGUAGUCAAAAGCUCGCUAGAAAAACAACAUGGAUGCAUGGCUACCUUGCUAGGAAUAGUGAUGUUGUUUUAAAAAUGCCAGCUUUGCACAUCUCACGUUUUCUUCUCCUACUUCUUUUUUUGGGCAACGUUUGGAAGGCUUUUACAAAAUCCCUCCCGGAUCAAGGCACGCUUGAGGUGUUGAUUCGAGUUCAGGUUUUUGACAACAGCGACCUUUCACCUUUGGCCAACACGGUGGUGGAGGUUUAUGGGAACCGUUCGGCCUUGGCGUCAGGGGUGGCAGGCAGUGAUGGGGUGGUCAUGGUCACGUUUCAGUACCAGCCAGGAACUUGGAUCCUUGUCACUGCUUCGAAACAUGGAUUUGUGACCAACACGGCACCAUGGCAUGCCAACAGGAUACCUUUGUAUGCUUCUGUGAGUCUCUAUCUCCUUCCCCAACGACCAGCCACCCUCAUUCUCUAUGAUGACUUUGUUCAAGUUCUCCUGGGAUCACCUGGUGUCAGGAACCAGCCAUGGGUUCAGUUCCAGAGAAAGGCAGUUCGACUGCCACCCAACUCCACCUACACUGAGCUGUCUGCAGUCCUCACAGCAGCCAAGAGCGAGUAUGAGAUCGGGGGCUUCCCCUACCUCAUCGGACUGGAGAGCAAUGGAACAGGAGUGAACAGCAGCUGGUUGGAGCUGACCCCGGUUGCAGCGGUCAGCACUCACCUCUUCACCAGGAAUGGGACAAUGGUCCAGGUGUCCGGCCCGAUCCACAUCUCCAUCCCCCUGCCUGGGGACACUCCUGUGAGGGCCGCAACCAGCAUCCCCGCCUGGAGGUUUGACGCCAAGACUGGGGUUUGGAUUAGGAAUGGAACGGGCUACGUAAAGAAGGAAGGAGCUCAUUUAACAUGGAAUUUCAUCGCCCCUCAGCUUGGAUACUGGGUAGCAGCCAUAUCUUCAGGUACAGGAGGUAUGGCGAUGAAUCCUUCAGGUCUGCGUGACAUCACCACCUAUCACACCAUCUUCCUGCUCACUAUCCUGGGGUCUAUGGCUCUCCUGGUCCUAAUUCUACUCUGCUUACUGCUUUACUAUUGCAGGAGGAGGUGUCUGAAACCAAGGCAGCAGCAGCACCGCAAACUGCAGAUCUCCUGCACACUCGACAGCUCCAAGAAGGACCAGGGAACGUCCACCUCCCACCUCAACCUGAUCAGCAGCAGCCACAUCGAGUCGGCCUCUUCCAAUGGAGACAUGGACGGCCACACUCCCAUCCUGAAAUCCGCAUUCUCGUCCUCACGGGAAUUUGAAAGUUCCCGUGAAGAGUUCUUCACGCAGAUCCCCUCCCAGAAGAUGAGGCACAGUAAAGUUAAUACAGAUACUAUCACUCGCAGGGGGGGAACGAUGGAGAGCUUCCAAAUGAAAGUCGCUCGUUCCAUAGACCCUUCUAACACAGUGGAUCCGCCCUUGUUGGAUGACUACCGAAGAAGCUACAACUCCAUGAUGUCCCAGCAAACCAUGGAAGAUAAGAGCACUGAAAUCAAUAGAAGACACAUCAUCAAUGACAACAAGGGCUACACUCAAGAUCCUCCCUCUCCCCCGCCCCUGCCACCUCCUCAUGAUUUCAUGAUGUCUCAAUCUGUCGACCAUUUGGCCAGACCGACAUCCUUGUCCCAGCCUGGGCAGCUGAUCUUCUGCGGCUCCAUAGACCACAUGAAGGACAAUAUGUAUAGAAAAGUGAUGCCGACUUUGGUCAUACCAGCUCAUUACAUGAGACUGGCUUCGGAAUACCAGGAGAUGGAGCAAGCCAUGGGGAUGACCCUGGAGCAGCAGCAGCAGGAAAUGGAAGGGAUCCAGAUGCAAGUUCACCAGCUAAAUCAACAACAGCAGCAGCAACAGCAGGCCAACCAGCAGACUGAAGACCCGGAAGGCAGAGGGUGGGGACCCCAUCCCUCCACAGGCCCGGUCCGCAUCCCUGUGCUGUUUAACGACUCCACCGUAGCUCAGAUGAACGGAGAACUCCAAGCGUUGACGGAGAAGAAGCUACUAGAGCUGGGGGUCAAGCCGCACCCAAGGGCAUGGUUUGUGUCUCUAGAUGGAAGGUCCAACUCCCACAUCAGGCAUUCAUACAUUGACCUCCAAGGGAACGAGAGGAGCCGUAGUAACGAUGCCAGUUUGGAUUCAGGAGUAGAUGUGAAUGAAUCCAAGAUUCCCCGGAGAAUAAAGGAGGAACGGGAAAAACAUGGCUAUGGAACCAUGGCGUACUCCAAGCUGGCGUACAUGGAUGACACAGAGCAGAGCAGCAGCGAAAGCAGAACGGCCGUUUGCUCCCCGGAGGAUAAUUCUCUGACCCCACUGCUGGAUGAAAGUUUGGAAAACCGAGGGGCUACCAUUCCCAGAAGAGGACGGAGCCGAGGUAAUAGCUCCAGGAGCAGCAACAGUGAAGUCCGACGGGAUUCUAUGACCAGCCCCGAAGAUGAAAUGAAUGACCCGUCAGAAGGGGGGGACGAUCAAGGGGACAAGAAGAGCCCAUGGCAGAAACGAGAGGAACGGCCCCUGAUGGUCUUUAACGUCAAGUAAACGUUGACGUAGAACGUGACCACUUUUAAUAGGGCUGUCAUUCUGUUGUCACAUUUAUUCGUUUCAUCCUAAACUGCUGUUGUUCUACCUUGCGGAGGGUCUGACACUGAAAAGCACAAGUACAACCAAGACCACAUAAAAAGGAGCACGAUUUGUACCCCAUUAUGUUUAUACUCAUCAUUUCAAAGUGAUUGCUUCUACUUCUUAGUGUCCUAGGUUUCAUUUUAGUUUCCUAGCUUUUGUUUUUUACAGCAGGUGUUGAUCUUUGCAGUAAAAUUAGGAGAAAAUACCUAUGAAUGUGGGACAGGAGCCAAACAGAAAUAUCAUAGAGAAUCUGGAGCUGACAACCCAAAAUCAUUUGGCUUAUAGGAAAAUGAAAGUGAGAAGGGAAUUGCAACUGUUUGGAGCCAAAGGAUACAUGCCUUUUGUUUUUUUAAACCUUCCCCUGAGUGGUGAAUCAUAGUCCACAACUGCCGUAAUGGUGUUAUGUCAUCCCUGUUAACAAAACCAUCUAUGAUGAGCCAUUUUAUAUAGAAUUUUGGAACAAACCAGCUUGCUUUAUUGAACUGUUUUCUUCCUAUGGAAAAAAGCAUAAGUGAUCCACCUGAGGCAGGAUAGAGGGAUGUGGAUAUUGAAAAUAAUUAACUUUAUGUGCCCCCACACCAAGACUGUACAGCCUGACAUGGAUAAUGGAGUUACCAGUGUGGGAAUUUUUACUACGUUAUACUUUACUGGAUGUUUACUUGGCAAGAUCAGAAUAAAAUGCUGUAGCAAUUACAUGGAAAAAAGUAAACCAGCCCAAGAUAUUUUGAUUAGUUCUCACAGGUAAAUCCUUCUAAGAAAAAAUGACCUGCUUUUCACCUUCUGGAAGACUACACUUUCUAGAAUCUGCUUCUCUUCCUGUGAGUAACUGUGUUGUGUAGCCCCCGGACUGAACUGAAGGUACACAAUUGAAGAACGUUUAAAACUCUUUUAACUCUUUUAAGGGGUGGGGGAGGGGGGACUGUUUUUUUUUCCACAUGCUGCCAAAUGAACUUUGUGGGUUUGUUCUUUUGUUGUUUUUUUUAUUUUCUAACCUGUGGACUGAAUUGAACCUAUAUAGGACUUACUUAUUACAGUCUUUUUGUAAAGAAAAAACUAAACCUAAAGGUUGCUGUGCUCGAUGGCACAACCCUGACAAAGCUCAAUAUCAAUAUUCAUCCUUCAAUAAGUGCCGUUGAGAAGCGUUUCAUUAACAUGUGUGGUGGGCAUACAUACGGUAAUGCAGUCUGUAAAAUGAGAGGUCUGAGUGGUACAGCUAUAACAGCUACUUAGUGUAUUGUUUUUUGUUUUGUUUUUUUUCCAGGGAGCAUUAUGUAUAGCACCAAGGCAAAAGGUACAGUCUUAUUCUAAAGAGCAAAAACUUCAUAUCCUGUAGAAGCAUAACUAAUAAUGUACAUCUUCGCAUAAUGCACCUGUAGUAUGACUAGACAGCAACAGUUUACCAUGCUGCCAUAACAUUCAAAUUAUCAAAAUCCGUUGCUGACAUUUGCCCAUAAUACCUUGUGGAUGUGGCAGGGUUUCAGUAGUUGCCGCGACUGUUCAUUUACCCCGGAAGACCGCUGCAUACAAGAUAUUAUGAGCAACUGCAAAAUCCAGAAUAAACUUCCCAGCAGUCUCUCAGAGGUACAAAGAAGUCUAACCUUUAACCCCUUAAAUGGGGAAGCCCAUCCUGGACAUGAAGGGACCCAUUUGUUGUGAGAAAUCCACUUUUUAAUGAGGCUAAGAUGCUGAAUCCACUUUGUGACCCAGCUUGUAGGGGUCAGCCCCAUGUCGAGUGGUGACAGACAUUUAAAAAAAAAAGCAAAAAAAAACAACUUCUUGGCCACAAUUUCGUGCGUGUGUGUGUUAGAUGUAUUCACUGCCAGAGACAUUCGUGUCCGUUCUACGGACAGGCUGCCUACCCUUGCUGCAGACAUGGUUUAAUUUAAAACAAAACUAAAACGACCACGCAAGGAUGCAACUGUUUACUUUAGAUUGCAUCUAAAUAAAGGAAGGCCCUUGGUUUUAAAACAAUGGGCCAGAUACACAAAGCUAUUUACUCCAAAGGAAUGGAAAGAAACACCAAUUACAAUAACAAACAAAAACAGCUUUAGUCUACUUGCAAGCUCUGACAUUACAUGUCUGAGUUGUUUAUAUCUGGUUUGGUAAUUUUAUUGAGCAUGUUUUUCCUUUCUGAAUCACACCUCAAUGAAAAUGAGCAUGUGAAUUAAUCAACUAGCAUUGUAAUAUUGCAAACAGAACCAGCCAAGUGCCUUCUUUGCAUAGAAGUUCUGGGAAUGAAGGUCAUGUGUAAGACAGCCAUAAGUACUUCAGAGAAAUGCAGAGACAGUUACUGGCUACAUAUAGAGGAAAUAUGUGCCAAAUUUGUAAACUAAAUCUCAACUUUGUAUAGCCUGAAGACAAUACUGUGAGGUUUAAACUGUUUUCCUGCGUUCACAGAAACAUAGACAAAGUAUGAAAAAACAGACAUUGUAAAAAAGCGAGGGAUACGCAAUUAGGACUACUAUAUAUAAUUAAUAUUUUGCAUGCACUCGGUAGUGUAGUUUUUUAUACAUUUUAAUGAAAUGUAAUUUCAUGAUUUAUUUGUAAUUUUUUUAAAGAACAGAAUACCAUUCCCUUUGUAAUCAAUAAUAAUAAAAAAAAAGAAUAGCGAUACGGACAAAAGUGUCAAAAAUACUGCUUCAUUCGUGAGUGGAAUAAAAGACCAUGCAAAAGCAAGGUCGAUAUUUGAUAGAAAAGUUUGCUACGCUUUAUAGGGUAUAAAUUGUCAUGUUUGUCAAUCUGGGUUACAAACAGUACCACAAUAACCACAACAGAUACUAAUAUGAAUUGACUAUAGCACAUUUUGUAUCAUUUAUUUGAGGUUAAAAUUCAUUCUAGAAAAACACAUUCAUUAUUUUGUAUGUUUUGAGGAAGUGUACUGUAAUUGUGUGCUUUUCUCCCCCUCCCCCCCAAAAAAGGAAUUCAUUUGUCCACAAUAUACAGAGCGUUGUAGAACCAGAUAUAUUUAUCAUUUAUUCAGUUGUAAUUGUUUUUUUUCAGUGCACGUUUUUUUUUCAGAAUCAGUGAGUUCAUGUUAGCGCUUUUGUAAGACUCAAACAACAUUUUUAUAUUUACAUUGUAAGAGAGACGUUAUGAUAGGAUUUAUUAAGGUGCCAUAAAAAAUGCCACACACAACUAUGAAACACAUUUAAAAAACAAACCAACUAAGCAGCUGAUAGUCUUUAUUUUAAAAAAAAAAAUAGCAUCUACCCAUUCCAGAAAAAAAUAUUUAGGGUGAUGCAGUUAAACUCCAGCCUAACAUUAAAGUGCACAAGUAAAUUAAAUCAAUCUUAGGAUAUUGUUAAAGUAUAAGUCUUACCUUGAAUGUAUGUUGUUCUUUUAUAAACAAGAAUUUAACACAAGCAUAGUGAAUUGCGCUGCACAGAUUUAAGUUAAUUUCUUUGCUGUUAUUUUGAGAUGAAAUAUAACAAUGUAAAGCAAAUCAAUAUCAAAGAGCAAGAACACUGUAUCCUUUAAUGCUGCGUGGUAUUAAUGUAUAGACUGGAAUUACUUUCAUUUCAACCUCAGGCAAAUUGGAGAUCAUGGUCACAGCAAUGAAAGACUGUCACCGAUGUUACGGGGAGAUAUUAAACACACCACACUGCUCCUGAUUAAAUUAGGUAGUGGAGGAGGAUGCCUAAGGGACUUGAGCUACUUGUACAUUUAACGUACCACUUGAGCCAAUCUCAAAAACCCAUAUAACCAAUGGAUAUGUGCCAACUGUAAUGGAUUUAACAGAAAACCAGCUGAUACUAGGAGAGCCCCUUAUUCCGAGUAGACCAACAACAAAGCCCAAAUGAAUACCAGCACACUGCCUUAGAGACCAACUGUCAACUAUACGCUGCUCCAUUACCAAGUAGCCACCAUCGUGUACAGUUAUGUUUAAAUAAGGUAGCCAGAAACUGACAGAGACUUGUGGCUGCAAAGCUUCCAACUACACAGGGGUUGUGUGUAACUAGAAUGGAAUGUCAUAUAUAUAUAUAUAUAUAUAUAUAUAUAUAUAUAUAUAUAUAUAUAAUAUACACACUGGAGAGGAGGGCUAUAGUGGAAAAUGAUUACCCCUCGGGAAGACUAUUGUUACCGGCCGGGGGCUAUAAUGCCUGAAGCCACCCUGCACCUUGCUUGUAACAAUAGUCUUCCCGAGGGGCAUUUAAUUUUCCACUAUGAGCUGAGUCUGCAGUACAUAUUUAAUAUAUGAGUCCGUCAAAAUAAGAGGAUAGUAAAUAUGACUUUAUAUACUGUAAAGCCAUAAAUAUUUGUGAGACUUUUAUUAUGCGUUUUUCACGUAUGAAAAAAAAAAAACUUAGUGCUGUACAGAUAAUUAUGUAAAAUACUACUACCAGUGCAGCA